CAUAAAAAUUAAUUGAACAAUCUUUUCAAAAGCCACAACUGCAAGAAAAGGUUAAGAAAACGAAGUCAACCCACGCCAACGAAUCAACCGAAAACAACGAAAAUGAUGAUCUUUACCAAGAAACACAAUGGUCCCUUCCUGUCAACAACAGCGAUAGUCUCUGCUCUGUUGUUAGUUGUGCUCUUAGCACUUUCCCAAGCUUCGGUCGCGGUGGCUACCGAAGAAACAUCGUCGAUGUCAGUUUGCUYGAGUCUCAACAACAAGAAACGAGAGUGCCGGGACCACCCGGAGUGCCACUGGGUGAUCCACCGCUUUGCUACUAAAAAUCCCGACGAGUUAGCACGAACAGUCCGAUGCGUCGAUGCCAUGACGGACGAACAAUGUUCCCCGUUUACAGACAAGGAGAAUGCCAAGAUUAAGUGCCGAUACAACGGGUGCAAAUGGAACAAGGAAGAUAACACCUGCAUUGGAAGACUCRACCACGUCAACAGAGUCRACAAUGAYGGCGGAGACUUGAGUUUGGAAGACCUAUUGAAACCCGAAAAGAACCUCGUGGACAGACUCUUUCUAAUGGAAUUCAUCGGAACAGACGCAKCAGAAGUCRAGACAGCCAUCAUAGAAGCUUACCCACGGUAUGCAGGUGAGGGCGGCGUCUACGUGGUCGCUGUCUGUACCCAGAAUAUGGGUUUGUAUGUUGGUGAACCCGACUGUAUUCUGAGGAAUUACAACGUGCAUCGCAUUAAGCUGAUCGUCGAUGCAAACAACAAGGUCAACGAAAUUAUUUUCGGAUAACAGUGAUUGGAAAGCAACCAAACCAAAGCUACAUUAUUAUCUUUCGAUGAUUCGUCCCAUUUGUCUGUUGACAGCAAGUGAUUAGACGAGUUCAAUAAAUCGAAAGAACAAGGGUMAAUCGGAUCCUAACAUAAGUUUUCGGAGACGAUGCGAACCCAAAUGCAUGUUAUGAAUAUACAUUACACGAUAGA